AUGCAUCUCACCGUGGAAGACCUCUUCCACCCCAGGAUGCUCCUGCGCGCCUCGUACCUCGCUGCCUCUCUUCUUAUUCUCCUCCUACACGCCGUUCCUGCCUUGCGCACCCGCUUCCUACCCUAUGGCUCGCGUGCCACCGUCCAGGACAGGAAAAAAGAAGAUGAACCAGGAAAGAGCAAAGAGACAGCACCAACAGUCCCUUCCAAACCCUCCUUUGUCCUCGACGUGCUCGAUUACGCUGCCACCCUCCAGGUUCCCCACAACUACUUUGCCCACUUUUACAUGCUCUCCGUCGCAUGCUCGCUGUAUUGGGGCUGGAGGUUGCGGCUCUGGGAGGCCAGCAACCAGCAGCAGCAGAUUGUAUGGACACUCAUGCUCCUCCAGGGUGUCCGUCGUCUGCUCGAGUCGUAUGCCUACACCUCAUCCAGCAAGAGCACCAUGUGGUUCGCCCACUGGCUGCUCGGCCUCGCCUUCUACCUAACCAUCAACAUUGCCAUUUGGAUCGAGGGCCCCGCCACCCACGCCUACGACUGGAUCCUCGUCCCAGCCCUGCUCACAGCACAUGUGCUCCAGCACUCGUAUCAUGCUUAUCUCUACCACCUUCGCACCCAGGCAAACGGCUACCAGCUGCCCGCGCAUCCCCUCUUCCCCAAUCUGCUCUGCCCGCAUUACACGUGCGAAGUCGCCAUCUAUGCCCUCUUGUCCGUGAUUGCUGCCCCAGCCCACAGGUACUUCAACGGCACCCUGCUAUGCGCCACCGUCUUCGUGGCCACCAAUCUCGCCGUAACCGCCCUCGGGACCAAACAAUGGUACAUGGACCGCUUUGGUGCCGACAAGGUAGCUUUGCGGAAAAUGAUGCUGCCCUGGGUCUGGUAG